AUGAUCGAUAAUAGUAGUAUUCAAGAAGUUAGAAGCGUAAUUGAUAGUCAAGAAUCCAUUUUUCAGGCAUUGUUAAAGGAAGAGAGGCGUGUUCCUGAUAAAAUAAUAACUAAAGUCUGUUGGGUGGAUAAUGAAGAUUUAUUAGUUUGA